AUGUUCGUUGACCUCAUAUUCGUCAAAAGCGACCUCGACAACACUCCAGUCGUCACCAUCGACGGCCGGAUGUUCUACCGCACGCACACUCCGCAUGAACCAGAAGAAUCGAUGACGACCCAACUUCACCAUUACGCCAAACGUCGGGGGUAUCAGGGAAAGAAGGUUGCUAGUAUCGUGUGGAGGGAACUCAGCCAGCCCACGACGAUUUAUUCGUCUUUGCCCCUUCCAAAGUCUGAUCGGGAGGAUGGAGGCGUGUCGGUGCGGUUGUUUUUGAAGAGGACGCAUCGGUUGAGUCGGUCGCAUCUCUUUACGGGCGACGACGGCAAAGUGUAUCGAUGGCAAGCCAUCGGUGGAUUGGGAUGCACUUUGACUCGGGUCGAAGACAAACAACUCAUCGCCGAGUCACGGAUCCGGUAUAUCGACCAAGGUCCACAUGCCAACACAGUCAAACCCGUUCUCAAAGUCGAGACCAAGGGGCACACGCUCGAUCUCAACAUGAUCAUGCUGUCGUUCUUGAUCAUCGACAGGAAGAGGAGGCAGAAACAUGGCGAGGAUUACAGGUGGUGCCCCGAUGGAACAGCGAGGGAUGAGAUCAAUUGGAACUAUGCGCGUAAGCACCAGCGCCCUGACAGUAACAUCGGUGCCGGGGACACCUAG